ACUGUAACUUUUUCUCUUUUUUGUUCGGUCGUUAUUUUCCCAUCAUCUUUUAUCAUCACCUCCCUCACGUCAUAGCCGUAUAUAAACAAGAUUUCGUCAGACCAAUUACUUUUUUUUUUGAAAAUAAAAUGAACAUUUUGAUAUUAUUGCUGCUUAUGCUCAUUGGAGAAUCCGUUUCUCUGACUAUGCUCGGAUUGACACGUGGCUCCCGAGUUGGCGCUGCUGACGACGACCCUCCAUAUUUCCCGGAAGAAGACGAUUUCCCGAGAGCUAGAAGCCGCGUGCCGACCUACGAACAAGCUAUCGGGACAGUUGCUGGAAAAGCUCUCCCGGCCCGUCGGUGGGAGGAAUUGGAGCCAACUCAUCGGCAAAUUCUUGGGGCUCCGCUGAGAAGACGCCCACUUAUUUCCAGAGUUUUGGGUCGUGGUGGUGGACUUCACAACUGAAUUUUUGUUAAUUUUUGCAUGUAUUUUACUAUAGAUCUCGUUUUUCUUGUUGAUAUGCGCUGGGAAUAAAUUAAUAUUUUUCUUGUUCCAGCAGCUUUUCUACAUUAAAU